AGAGAGAGCUUCACAUGGCGGCCUCCAUUUCAACUUCACCUUAUCCUCUGCUCACCUCAGAGCGCUCCAACCGCUUCCCUGCCAAUGACUCCUCUUCUUCCUCCAGGUUUUCCUCCUCCUCGUCUCUACACCUUCCGCCCCAGUUUCGCUGUUUUCGCCUCGGAAACAAUGGGAUUUCAGCUCCCUCGCGGUCUCGAAUCUUGCCCGUGGUCAAAGCAAAGAACCAGACAUUUUCCUCCUUUGAUGAUUUACUGGCCAACUCUGACAAACCUGUGUUUGUCGACUUCUAUGCAACUUGGUGCGGUCCUUGUCAGUUCAUGGUUCCUAUUCUUGAAAAAGUUAGUGCUACGCUGGGCGACACAGUUCAAGUGGUGAAGAUUGACACGGAGAAAUAUCCUGCCAUUGCUGAUAAAUACAAAAUAGAGGCAUUGCCUACGUUCAUCCUCUUCAAAGAUGGAAAACUACUUGAUCGAUUUGAAGGAGCUUUGACUGCACGUGAUCUCAUCCAACGCAUUGAAGAUUCCCUGAAGGUUAAGCAAUAACGCUGGGGGGAUCUCACAGAAACUAUUGAAAUGGAAAUCAAUGUCUCCAGGAGUAAUUUUGGGUGUGAUAUAUGACAAAUCCAGCUUUGUAGGUCACUGUGUAAACUUGUAUGUAGUUGAAAUAUUUGAAGAAUGUACUUACAGACGUUCGUUAAAAAAACACAAUUUUUCUUUAUUUUUAUAAGAUCCUUAGCUUUUGAUAUAUUUUUCAAAUUGUGAUAUAUGGAUAAAUUUAUAUUUCUUGCCCGUUAAUCUUCGAUUUUA